CGCAUGCGUGACAAGAUGUUCUUGCAUCAUGACUUUAGCGGGAGACUCCAAAGACAGAAUUUAACCUAGCAGCGAGGCAGCCCACUCGAGGUGGGCGAACACCUCAAACAAGGUGGAAGCUUAAAAAAUUCUCCAAUUACCCAUUUUUUCUCCCACCUUGUCUGAGGUCUCCGCCCACCUUGGCUGAGCUGUCCCCUCGCAACCAGCACCCACCACACCCACACCCACAUGGUCACAACAGGGAUUCGCUCAACCUCUCCCCGCGGCUUCUUCUUUUUUCCUGCUCCCUUCCGCCCCUCUCACGGCUUGUUUCUUUCUCUGUCUCAGCUGAGCCGCCGGAAUAUCUGACGUAGGAGGCUGCCCAGCCGGCUGUAGUCACGACAUUGUCUCAUAUUGUUUCCAUACAGACUCGACAUCCACGAUUAUCCGCCAAUUCGCCCCCGGCACCAGGCUUGUUCCCUGCUCAACCCAUACAUACAAGCACCACUCGACCCAAAUCAGAAAGCUCGUCGAUUGUCUGUAUAUUUGUCCUGUUCAUCAAUCCGAAGAGAUUCAACCCUCAUACAGACGAAAAGCCCCUUUGAACUACACUACUUUCUGUUCGCGAUGGCAGCACCCACGAGUCCAGUGUCGCGGCAGCCGACAGCGCUCAGCGAUGCCAACGACGAAGCUGUUCCGGAGACGGAUCCCUCCGGCACCGCCACCCUCCUGGCCGAAAGGCUGCAAUCGUGGAAACAUGCUGUCGGCUACCUGGAGGAGUUCAUGACGGCAGUUGAGAAAGUGCAUAAGGCGCAGGCUAGAGAAUACGAGAAAAUCCUCAAGACCAUCCACAAGCCCCUGAAAGAGGGCCAUCAUUUUGACCAGAGCCUCGGCGGCGUGGCCGGCUUUUUCGAGAAUAUGCGAGUCAACACCGAGGCCAUGGUCAACAGCAACAUCGAGACGGAGCACUCUAUUAAGGGAACAGUGCUACCCAUCCUCGAGAGGCUGCACAAGGAGAUCAAACACAAGUCCAAGGAGCUGUCUCAGGGCGCCCAGAAGAGCGCCAAGGAGGUCGAGAAGGCGCGCAACAUCACACAGAAGCACAUCGAGCUACUAGGCCAGCAGACGGCCGGGUUCGAGUCCACGGGUGGCAAGUUGGAUCCCGCACACGACCCGUUCGUCAUUCACCGCGGCGUCAUGCACCGGCUUAACAAGCAGGUUAUGGAGGAGAAUAACCACCGAAACGACCUCAUCGCGGUCCAGAACAACUUCCUGGCCUUCGAGACACACGUUGUGCAGGUCAUGCAGCAGGCCAUGGAGGUCUUCAACCAGUUCGCUGGCGGCCAAGCGGAGAAGAUGGGGGCUCUCUAUGCUGAUAUGCUUGGCGCUUGCCAACGUAUCCCGCCUGAAUUCGAGUGGAAGGGCUUUGUGGCCCGCAACCAGGACCGUCUGGUCAAUCCUAAUGACGACCCACGCUCUGUCGAUAGCGUCACAUUCGCCAAUCAGGACCACAGCAGCACCCAGCCCCUGAUCGAAGGGUCGCUGGAGCGCAAGUCGCGCAACAAGCUCUCAUGGGGUCACCAGACGGGUUACUACGUCGUGACUCCGUCCAAGUUCCUGCACGAGUUCAAGGAGUCAGACUUCUUGCGCAAGGACCCCGUGCCCGAGCUGAGCAUAUACCUGCCCGAUGCUGUCAUUGGUACGCCUAAUGGAGACAAGUUCAACAUCAAGGGCAAAGACCAAGCCAAGGGUUUCAGCAGCAGGCUUGUGGGGAACGCCGAACUGUCUUUCAAGGCCCACAGCGCUGCCGAUGCCGAGAAGUGGUUUGAGGUGAUCAAGAACGUAGCUGGGGCUACAGGGGUAAAGCGUGUUAACACCGAAGUGGGCGCCGCUGCGUCGCCUAGCGCUCAAGUUGAUGGUACUUCGGGGGCUACACCGCAACUCGCCCCGCUAGCUACCGACCAGAAGGCUCAGGAAGCCGGCGUGACCAGAACCGAGCCAGUGACGAGCCCGUCAGUCAUCUCGCCAAGCUCGGCCAAGGACACGUCGAACUCUACGUCCCCUGAAACCGCCGUGUCUCCGACUACACCGGCCACUGCUUCUGCGGGCGCUGAAAAGCCACUGGUAACGGAUCAGGCAAAGCCGGCCAAGGCUUGAUCGUUGCAGCCAUCAUGACAAGUCCCCAGCGAACCGUGAGGCUUGCGGCCUGGAACGGCAGCCAGUAGCCACUGAAGAAUCAAGGCUCCCGGAGCACGCAUCACGACGAGUGAUGUGGCAGAUCGUCACCGGAGAAGUGAGGCGGGCUGGCAUAAGUUGGGUGCGGCGUUCGCGCACAGAUUUAUCAAGUACUCAUGGUGGGCCGGUGACCUCGAUGGCCCGGCGCUCUCAGGCCCGUCCUAUGCAGGCGCCUUCGCCCGAGCAUGUCUUUUAUUUCCUACUGCCUGCAAUCCGAUUCGCUUCUCAACUAGCAUCCGUCCUAGUUCUAGCUUGUUUGAUCAUACCACCGUCAUUGCUACUACCCGCGCCCUCCAAUCUUGAUCCAUUAGGUGACUGUGCC